AUGACCCUCGAUUUGUUCAAUUGGGUCGCCGGUGGCUGUUACGGUUCGAGUGAUUGGGUGGUGAUGGUGGAGGGAGGCUGUAACGGAGGCUAUGGCAUUGACGAGUUUGAUUCAAGCCAAGGAUCUGAUUGUGGUGAAGGCUGUGGCCUUGAAGUCGGAGUGGGUCUCACAAAAGAAGGCAAAGAGAGAAAGGAAGAGACAGUGGGAUUUAAAUGUGAGCCCUUGGAUUAUAGUCCAAGUGGACAGCUAAGAUCUAAUCUUAGAAUAGAAGAAUGGAUGGCUAGAUUUGGAUGA